CUGGACUCUGCUAAGUAUAAAAAGGAGCAUUUCUCCAUACAGAGUCUCAUUUACAGACAUGGCCAAGCCUCCGAUUCUCCUGCUCUUCCUGCUGCCUCUCACUGCAGCCAGCUUGCAGCGUGUGCAGGGGAUCCAGACAGGUGACUCCUGUUUGUGCAGGAUGGACUUCAGCGCCUGGGAUUUCCCUGUCCAGAGCUACGAGGAGGCAGAGAGCUUGGUGGAGAAAUGCCAAGCCACUUUUACGACACUGCGGGAACAGGUGAACCUCACUCAGUACAAGGUCCCCAAAAUAUCCAGCAGCGUGGGGACCCUCACCCAGCGUGUCCGUCAGUAUGAGUAUCUCAAUAAGAAAGGCCUGUACAAUGCCCUCCAUUUCCGCCAGCUAGAUUCAGAGCUGGAAGGACUGGAGACACAGAUCAAAGACUUUCACAAGAAUAAAGCAGUGGACCCCUCCAAAACACGAGAACUCACCAAUGAGUUGAACAGCGUCCGGGUGAAGGUGCAGAGCCUACAGAAUUUUGACAAGUUUAACCUGUUGGCCAUGAGGGAGCACCUCCGCACCCUGAGGAACCGCCUGGAGUCCUGCAGGACCCUGGACAGCAACCACCAAAGCCAAUGCUCCAGACGUUUGCUGUCGAAUAUCAGCUCCCCAGCGGUCACUAAGCUCAGUAUUUAUGGCAAGUCAUACCCCUAUGGGUCCUGGGGCAGAGACAAUAAGGACGACGGCAGUGCGGUCUACUGGGUCACAGCACUGACAAGUAGCAACAAGUAUGGCAAUUACCUGUAUACUUACCCUAGCCAUGAGGACUUCAUGUCAUCAAGAAACUAUCAAACAAUUACUGUGACGUCUUCCUACUCCACAACCAACGCCAUCCAAGGUCCUGGCUCUGUCUUGUACAAGGACGCCUUCUAUUACAACUGCUAUGCUUCAGGCAACAUCUGCAAAUAUGACCUGCAGACCAAGACCAUCAUUUCUGUUUCUCUGCCUGGGGCGGGCUACAGUGACAAGUUCCCCUACUGCUACUACAGCUGCUCUGUUUUCACAGAUAUAGAUUUUGCAACAGAUGAAAAAGGAUUGUGGGUAAUCUAUGCCACAGAGGAGAACUAUGGGAAUGUGGUGGUGAGCAAAGUCAACACCACCAACCUGGCUGUGAUCCAGACCUGGAGGACCAGGCUGUUCAAGAAGUCGGUGACCAACACCUUCAUGGUGUGUGGAGUGCUCUACGCCACCCGUUAUGUCAACACCUACCAAGAGGAGGUUUUCUAUGCUUUUGACACAGCAAACGGCUACGAAACCAGUGCCCUGAAACUGCCAUUUGAAAAGGUCUCCAGCACUAUCCAAUACCUAAACUACAGCCCUUUUGACCAGCGUCUCUACCUUUUCAAUGAUGGCUACACCAUGGCCUUUGACCUGUUUUUCUGAAACGCCCAUGUCAAAGGAAACCCCACAAUACCAUAUUAUCAGGUAUUCCAUGACUAAGAAAUCAAGAGCCAAGUUCCAUAAUAGCUGCAGAUAUUAAGGCAACACUUGUUUUUAUAUUAUACAGCUUUUGCUGCAGAGUAAUUGACAAUUAUUAACUUUGGAAACGGUAGUCGUAUUAUAAUUAAUGGUUCUAUUCUGCGUGGCACAGCAAAAGCAGUAUUUCAAAUGAAUAGUUGUAUUAACUUGUCUACAAUGCACAUGUAUCCAAAUGUGAUUAAAAGCAAUCAAUCAAAUAAAUUUGAUUAAUUCCUUGGA